AUGGGAAGUUUUGUUUUUAAGUGGGAACAUCCUGCUGAAGAGGUCUUUGUUACUGGAACAUUCGAUAACUGGUCCAAGAGCGAAAAGUUGGUAAAGACUGGAGACGUCUUCCAGAAGGACGUCCAACUAGCAAACGCUGGGGAAAAGAUUUAUUACAAGUUCGUUGUCGACGGUAACUGGGUUACAGAUCACACUGCCCCUCAAGAAAACGACGCUUCGGGAAACUUAAACAACGUCCUCACGACGGAUAGAAUUGUGAAGCAUACACCUGCGACUGCUGGAAUCAUGUCUGGCGUGGCACCAACGUCGACUACGUCAGAAUUGGCCAAGAACGUUCCUCUUGAAAAGGAGAAAUCUCCACUUGAACAAAAUGGCACCUCGGCUCUGCCUGGAGCCUUCCCCGAAACUCCUGCUGCUGUGGAAACCGGUGAUUUCUCUGUAAACCCUCUCCCCGCUGCUGAUGGUGCAGUCAACCCUAUCAAGCUCGCACCAGGAGAGAAAGUUCCAGAUUCAAGCUCUUUCACCACCAACACUGUCACUUCCGGUGUAUAUGAUGAUCCUGAGCUUGUCGCUGCGGACAAGGCCAAAUCCGAGCCCGAGCCUACAUUUGGUGUCUCACCGCUUCCCGCUUUCGCCGGUGCGGUUAAUCCUAUAAAACUUGCGCCUGGGGAGAAGAUCCCUGAAUCAAGUGACUUGACUGCCAACACCGUCCAUUCAGCUGUUCGUACUGACAAGGAAUCGUAUGAAAACAGUGGCGCAUUUGGCAAUGCUCCUAUUCUCCCCCCCGUCGUUACUCCUCAAGCUGAGCGUGAAGCGCAUGGUACUGGGAUUCUCGAUUUGCCUCCUGCGGCCAAGAACUUGAUUCCCGAGUCAAGCCUGCCAGUUGGAGAAGGCGGCAUAGGAACAUUUGAUGCAACAAACCCACACAUCCAGUCCGUGGAUCCUCAAAGCACAACAGCAAUGCUUGCCGCCAAAGUUCCCCUCGAAUCGGCAAAGGUGCCAGAGGUGGUUAAGGAGAGCCAGAAAAAGGCAGGAGCUGCUCCAGAAGCUAGUGCCAUUCCAUCCGAAGUUUCGGAAAAGAGCGCAGUUGAGAAGGAACUUAAGAAGGAGAUUGAUGUUGCCCCGACAACUUCUGAGGGCGUUGCUGGACAGGGCACAACUAAAACCGAAGCGGGUGUCACUGCAGCCGAGGCUGCCGCUGCUGUUGGAGCAGCUGCUAUGGCUGUGGGAGGUGCUGCAUAUGCUGCAGCCUCUACUAUCCCAGGCAGGCUUCCAGAGAGCGUUACGAGCAUCCCAAAAUCUGUUCAGCAAUCGAUUAACUCGAUAAAUGCCACCGGGACCGUUGACCAAACAACCGCCGAGGACACUCCAGAAAUCGUCAAAAAAUCCAUUGUUGAGUCAGGUCAAAGCCCGGAGGCCGCUACUAAUGAAGCAGCUGUUCUCGAUAAGAAGGCUGUUGAGGAGGAAUUACUGUCCGAAGUCAAGCCAGAGACAUCUACUGCCAAAGACACCCCCGCGGUUGUUAAGGAGUCAAUUGCGGAGUCAGGUCAGAGCCCAGAGGCUGCUGCCAAUGAAGAAGCUGUCCUUGAUAAGAAGGCUGUUGAGAAGGAAUUGCUGUCUGAAAUCAAACCGGAGACCUCAACUGGUGAACCUGCACCAAAAAUUACCUCUCCCACAGACGUUAAGCCUUCUAAAUCUGAAGCUCCUAUCGGCCCAGUUGUCACUAGCGGAGUUGCCUCUGCGGAUAUUCCAACCACCUCGACUGCUGCUGCGCCUGCCGUUACCAGUGGAGUAGAAUCAACUAAUGUUCCAACUAUCUCUGGUCCAACACCAACCGAAACGAAACCAAUCGAUUCCAGAGAUGUUUCACCACACACCAACCUCGCCAGUGGUGAGCAGGAUGCACCCGUUGUUACCAGUGGAUUGGGCUCUACCACAACUGCCGAAAAAUCAAAUGCUGCUCCAGCCACCCCGGCGAAGGAGAAUGCUACACCGUCCACAGCAAAAUCCUCCGUUGAGUCCGCCACUCCAUCAAGCACACAUGCCGUAGACAGCCCUGCCAAUUCCGCAGCGGCCGAUAAAAAGAAGAAGCGCACCAGCUUUUUCGGAAAGUUGAAGGCGAAAUUCCACAAGGAUUAG